AUGUUUCAGAUCAACCCCAGCGCGCACUGGUACUACGAAUGGGAAAGUGCGGCCACAAAGGUGCAACGGUUCACCAAGCACGCAUUGCGCGUUUACAUCUUUCAGCAGGUUCAGUCACAACUGCGCGUCGUGGGUACAGUCUCCUCGUCAGACUUUAUGGUCGUUUCCUAUCGGCGAGCUCCAAGCGGAGUGCGAGCGGAGCGUGAGGCCCUGGAGAUGCUACGGGCGGUGGCCAGUAUACAAUCAGGUGGUUCUGUGGAUAGCUAUGAGACUAGCAGUGUGCAUGCAGCAAUACUUCCUGAGCGCAAGUCUUCUAGCUCUCAUUCUUUGCAAAUAACGGAGAGCGAAGAAGGACUCUGGCGGAACAGAAAGCUGUGGGAGUGUCAGCACACUGACGUCAUGACGUCGUCAAAGCAGCUCGCCAUCCUUUACUACUUUCUACGUCAUUUGAACGCAUUGUCGUUCCCAACUUGCCUAGAUCAGUUAAGUGUGCUGUUCAGCGACCAAAUUGCAGGCUUUUACGCAGUCAUAGGGAAAAAGUGGAAAGAGGACAGCGGCAUCGAGGCACCGGUUGGCCCACCGCUUUCGUGGGCAUUUCUGAAAUCCCUCAAUCAAGUUGAAAAUGAUAAGGGAAGAUUUGACGACACGAGCGAGGCUGUUGAAGGAGGGCGUAACUCACUCAAACGACUCGUGCAGAUGUGUAUGAACCUGGUGGGGUGGCUGGCCCUGGACAGUUCCAACCUUGAGAUCUACCGUCGGUUUUUUCAAUCUCAUGGGGAAGUGUUGCUAGAUAAGAACCGAGUACGUGAUGGAUAUGUGGAAGCCGUCAAAUUGAUAGGCAAACUGAUUGACCGUUUUACAGGAUGGAGCGAGAACCCGUCCUCUACGUCGUCAACAUGGCUGUCAUUGCUCUGCGAAGAGAUCAUGGUGGUUGUAUUUACAUACGACUACCUGAAGCCGCUUCGACGUAUCUUGACGGAUGUUCUCAUGUCAAACAAGAUGUUUGGAAUGCACCAAUUUGUGGCGCAAAUUCGAGCACAGUAUCUAUUGAAGAACUGUCGCACAACGCUUAGCAUGUUAGCAUGGACAGUGGAAAACCAGGUAUCAGCGUUUGACGGCACGUGGGUUUUUGAUGGACAAAGAUCCUCACUGAUGCCGAUUCCGGGCUCCACUCAGCACGAAGUGUCUCUUUGGUGUGUGUUGACAUUCAUGCGUGAAUUUGCUCGAGUCAAUAUUCGCCCGUUAGAUGACCAGUCACUCGAGAUAUGUUCGGACUGGAAUGUCUGCAGCUUUGCCACUGGGACGCUAAAAAUGAAGAUAAACAACCGGUUUGGUAUGUCGUUGAUGCUGGAUAGUCGGCAACGAGUCUUUAGCAGCUUCCCCAGUGGUAUUUCGAGUUCGUCUCCUCUAGGCACACACAGCUAUGGAGACUACCGCGGCAACGUAACAUCGCCAAAUAGCUUUGUAUUGGAAAUAAGCUCAUGGCCAAUCGACAGGACGUACCCAGCACUUCGCUGUAAGAUGCAGGUUUACACAGAGACAGGCAGCGGAGCUCAAGGAGCUGAAAGCAACCGGGGUUGCCUUGUCGUGAAAGCUCUCGUUGAAGAGGGCUGCUGGAGAAAGGACGACAAUAAUCAUCGAGACCCGGAUUUUCCAACAAUUCCAUUUAGUCUGAAGCAAAAGUUGGUCGAGACGUGGUAUCCAAUUUACAAGCUCAUAGGUGUGUACCUACGCGUGGACUAG